GUAUUUUUGGUUGCCUAGAAACCGUUCAAACAACCCGACAGGUGCAGAGCUGAAGUGUGCGCAUUUAGACAUAUGUUUAGAUUUUCAAACACGAAAGAGUGCAUCUCAUGAUGAAUAAGGAGCUAAAUGAAGAAGCCCUGCAAGACCUCUACGCUUGGAUAGAUAAAAUAAAACUCUCCAGACCUAAAAGGAAUAUCUCACGCGACUUCAGUGAUGGAGUUAUGGCUGCUGAAGUUGUGAAGCAUUUCUUCCCUAAGCUGGUGGAGCUACACAACUAUACACCUGCACACUCCACUCAACAGAAACUGACUAACUGGAACAUGCUAAACAGGAAGGUUUUCUCCAAGCUGAAUUUCCAUGUUCCAGUGGAUACUUUAAAGAAGAUCACACUCAGCACCCCGGGAAGCAUUGAGCCGGUUCUGUGUGUUCUCAGAGAGAGAUUAGAGGAGAAACAAGCAGGGAGAGUUUCAGACAUCACCCAGGAUUCAGAAUACUACAGCACUGUAAAUGAAAAAGCAAAAACAGAAAAUGGCCAGAGCACUUUUGAGAACUCUCACAAGACAGCCGGUCCUGUGAAAAAGACCCAGAAAUCUAACCCUCCUAUAGUGUUGGGUGAAAAUGUAGACGCAGCCUUCCGGUUGCUUUUGGAGGACAAGGAGCAGGCUCUGCUGGCUUUACAGGAGACUGUAGAGAUUUUACAGAUAAAAGUGAACAGGUUGGAGCAUCUGGUUCAUCUGAAGGACCUGCGCAUUGAGGACCUGACUAAGCACUUGGAGAGUGGAACAAGUUCAUGCAGAUUUCCUGUGAAAAGGUGAAGGAAGGAAAUGUGCCACAUCGAGGAAGGCAGUGGUGAAGUCACUGUGGGGUGUGGUGAGGCAGCUUUGCUGAUUCAUUGGCAUCAGCUACUAUACAUCUGUUUCACUACAAAGAGUCAUUUAAAGCACAAUCAUGUUUG